AUGGCAGAGCCGCAGGCAGAGGCCGAAGACCUGGACGCGCUCAUCGACGACCUGGACUACCUCCCGGGCCACUUCCACUUGGAGCUGCAGCUCAACUUCGAGCCGCACUCGCCCGACGCGCUGCGCGCCCGGGCCCGGGACCUGCGGCUGCAGCGGGAGAGCCUGCGGCGGGAGCUGGAGCAAGCGGCGGCCCCUGCUCAACGCUCGGCUUUGCUCCACCUCUUGGGCACCGUCGCCUUCUACCUGGAGGAGCUGGAGGAGGCCCGCGAGAGCUUCCUGGAGGUGGCCCGGGAGGACCCCGCCAAUCUCAACGCCUGGGCCAACUUGGCGCACCUGUACGGGCGUCUGGGCCAGGAGGACCAGGAGGAGACGUGCGCCGGGCGGCUGGCCGGCCUCAUGGACUUGGAAGCGGAUCCUAAGACUUCGGGGGCCUCAGGGGAGCCCCAGCUCCGAGCUGCACGUUGCCUGGCGGAGCAGGGCUAUGCGCACGGCUUCGACGUGGGUUGCACCAGCCCCGAGGAACACCUACGGGUGUUGGCGGCCGGCGUCGCUCUGUAUGACAAGGCGUUGGGCUACGGGCAGCAGAUCCCCGUGGAGGAGAAAAGGAGCUGGUACCUCACCAUGGCAACACUCCUUAUCAGACUUGAUGGCCUCUUCCUGGAGCUGGGCCACGAGGAGCAGAGACGGCUACCUACCUUCAACCGCACUCUGGCCCUGCUGCGCCAGGUGCUCAAGUCAGCCGACCCCCAGCACCGAGCUCUGGCCUGGUGCUACCUGGGAUUGCUGCUGGAGAGGAAAGACACGUUUUCCACCACACCCUUGGGCGUGCAUGACUACGGGUACUCGGGGACCGAACCCCUGGAUUGCUUUGGCAAGGCCAUUGAGACAGCCAAGGGCCAGCCCUGCAUCCUUAAUCGCCUCGCCAAGAUCGUCCACUUUCUGGGAAAACAGGACAUGGCCAUAGGGAUCUGCAACAUGGCGCUUGAUGUGCUCCCAGACCCAGCACUCAACUGGCAGGCCUACAGCACAAGGGCUAAGAUCCACAUCCGGGCCUACCUGCAUGACCUGGAGCGGGUCAAGCUGGGGCUAGGGGGCAUGCCCGACAGGAACCAUCUGGCAUGCGCCAAGGCUGACCUCGAGGAAGUAGUCAAGGUGUGCCCAGGCCUCAAGACCUAUCUGGACAUCGGCCAGGUCUACUACUACAUGGGCGUGGACGCCUUGCAGGAAUUGCUGGCAGUGGACGAGGCUGCACUGAACAAGGCGCUGGUCUUCCUGGCCAAGGCAAGCGAGUCAGAGCUGGGGGCCACCCUGCCCGAGUUGCAGCUGCUGCGAGGCAAGUGCCUGCGCAUCAAGGGUGAGGAGGCCAACGCAGCGGCCUGCUUCAAGCGCGUCGUGGAGCUGGACGAUGCCGGCUCCUGCCACACCGAGGGCUUCGGCUGCUUGCUCGAGGCGCUGCUGGCACAGUGGAGCCAAGCGCAGCUGAGUGACAGCGAGCUGGGCCACGAGGUGGACUCCUGGCUGCGCUGUGCCCAGGCAAAGUACCCUGCGUCGUGCCUGCGCCAGGAGCUGCAACGCGUGUGGCGGGGCCACACGGACGAGGUGCUGGGACUCGCGAGGACCUUGAUGACCCAAGGACGGUCUGCGUUGGUGCGGCUGCUCUUUGAGACCAUGGAGCUGGAGAGGGAGGGUGCGGGCACGCCAAGGGGUCAUCGAGCUUUCUCCUUCUGA